CUUGGUUUACCCCACAUAAUCAACUCCUUGAAUUUCAAUCUUCCUCGGCUCUCGAUCUGAAUCUCUCGCAGGAAGCACAAAACAAGGUCGAAUCUAGUUAGGGAUUUUGUAAUGGCAAACACUGCUUGCUUUAUGAUUGUGGCUCGGAAUGAUAUUCCAAUCUAUGAAGCUGAAGUUGGGUCUGCUGCUAAAAGAGAAGAUGCGGCUCAACUGCACCAGUUUAUAUUACAUGCCGCGUUGGAUGUCGUCCAAGACUUAGCAUGGACUACAAGUGCCAUGUUCUUGAAGUCCGUCGACAGGUUUAACGAUCUGGUUGUCUCAGUGUAUGUUACUGCAGGCCAUACUCGUCUCAUGCUCCUUCAUGAUUCACGUAAUGAGGAUGGCAUCAAGAGCUUCUUCCAGGAGGUGCAUGAGCUUUAUAUAAAGAUUCUUCUGAAUCCCUUGUAUCUGCCUGGUUCUCGCAUCACAUCGACGCAUUUUGACACCAAGGUACGUGCACUCGCAAGAAAGUACCUUUAGAGAAGACGGAGGUUCUGUUCUGUCUCCAGCUCAGCUUUUCUUGGAUCCAUAUCGCAAUUGUUUUUCUAAUGCUGGAUGUCAGUUCAGUUACAUAUUUAAUUGUUUGUAUUACUUUCAAGCACAUUCUAAUGUUGAAAUUCCUUGUUUAGUAUGAGAAACCAUAGUUUCAUCUUUGA